AUGGAUGAAUACAAAUUAACCUACGUGUCAGAAUUGAAUGCCUUCCACCCCUCCUUCCGCUAUGAAAGCCGCGACCCAAGAGAAGACUGGAAAACCUCCGCUCUCCGGGGCCCAGGAUUACCAGUUCUUGGAAACGCAGUUGCCGGUGCGGUCGGCUCAGCCAUAUCCAACGUCAUCGUUUACCCACUCAACGUGAUCGUUGCCCGUCUCCAGACUCAAGCGAAGAAGGACAAGUCAGAAGCAGGCUCCGACGAUGAACCAGAGUAUACAGAUAUUCUCGACGCCGCCCGUAAGAUUUACGAGCAGCAAGGUCUGGCUGGGUUCUAUCCCGGUCUGGCACAGGAUACUUGGAAGUCGGUCGCAGACUCGUUCCUGUUCUUCCUUGCAUACAACACCAUCCGACAACGGAGGAUCAUUGCCCGUGUCGGGCCUGCUAAAGCGGCGAAGAGUAAGAAUAUCGUUCUACCUAUCUGGGAUGAACUCGCGGUUGGUAUGGUUGCAGGCGCGUUCUCGAAGCUGUUCACCACACCUUUGUCGAAUAUCGUCACUCGAAAACAGAUUGCAGCGCGAAAAACCGGGAAGGGAGAAAAGGAACCAUCAACAGCCGAUAUUGCAGCUCAGAUUCGCGCUGAGAAGGGUAUCGGUGGCUUCUGGUCUGGGUACUCGGCAUCUCUGGUGCUCACCCUCAAUCCAUCGAUCACCUUCUUCCUCAAUGAAGUGCUGAAAUACGCACUUCUCCCGCGUGCGAAGCGCGAGCGACCUUCGGCUGCAGUGACGUUCUUAUUGGCAGCUUUGAGUAAAUCGACCGCUUCCUCGAUCACAUACCCGUUCUCGCUGGCCAAGACCAGGGCACAGGCACUCAGCAACGCCCAGAAAGCGACAUCGCAGAGCACGGGCUCAAAUGCAGUUUUGGCCGCACUGACACCAAAGAUCUUCUCCAAUGUCGUGACAAUCUACCAGACAGAGGGUAUAUCUGCCCUGUACGCUGGUCUACCCGGAGAAGUAUUGAAGGGAUUCUUCUCCCAUGGAUUCACAAUGCUAGCCAAGGAUGCCGUGUACGCCUCCAUCGUCAAAUUCUACUACAUUCUCCUCAUCAUUGCGCGCCGGUAUCCCUCCCCCGAGGAGCUACUAUCGCGCGCCCGCGAACAAGCCGAAGAGUAUAGCGAGAUUGCACGCGAGGGAGCCCGCGAUUUAGCUGAGCGGACGCGCGAAGGCGCUGAGGCCCUGAAGAACCACUCUGGCGGUGUUGCUGUGGAUAUGACUUCCAAUGCCGCUGCGGCUGCGACUGCGGCUGCUGCAAAGGUUGGAAGUGUAGCGCACGGGGUCGAUGCUUCUUCUGGCUUUAAGGUCCCCCAUGUUUCGGAUGAGAUUAACGAGACUGCUGAGUUGGUGGGGGAUUAUGUUGAGGAUGAGGCCGCGGAGUGGAAGACGUUUUAUCACUGGUUUUGGGAUAAGGAUCGGGGGAUGAAGGGUUGA